AACCACGCCAAUCUGGAUAGUAAUAGUCAGAGCACAAGACUUCCGCCAUUGUGAUUGUGACUCGUUGUGUGUUUCGUUUGUUGAUGAUUGUACAUGGACAGAUCGACAACUAGGGUGACAUUCGGCCGGGGUUGACUGACACGACACACUGAUGGAGAAAUCAGUUUAUUUGAUAUUUCUUUUAGCAACGGUCUGUAGCACUGAUGACGUGGAGAACCUGCUACAGUGUAAACACAUUGAGCUGUCAGACAGCCUGACUAACUGCAGGAAGAGCAACCUUCAGGUGGACAUCCUCAAGACGUCGUCGGCAGCGUCCAGGUCAACAGGCUUCGUCGAUUACGAGGAAUUAUUUGUUUCCGCCACACAAGCCACGUGCAGUCAACUGGACCAGUACACGACCCAGCUGACGUGUAAACACAAUGUGAUAGACGAGUGUCUGGCUGACGAGUACAAGAGCCUGCUGCCUGACCAGUACAACCUGGCGGAAGCCGUCCGGUACUUGUGCACGAACCUGUUUGAUCUGAACGACCAGUGUCUGAGAGACUACAUGCUUAACAUGGGGGAGUGUCUGCUGAGUAGGGGCUUCGACAACCCCGCCCAGCUCGCGGAUAACUCGGUGAAGGAGAACACGUGCAAAUUGUAUUCCUACGCCUCGACGUGUGUGGCAACAACCUUCCGACCGUGUGGCGUCAUUCCGCUCAAGAUCUACAGAAAGGCUAUGACCUACCUCGCGCCACGUGCCUGCAGUGGGGCGGUCAAGGUCACCGCGGUAGUGCUGACUCUUGCAAUAACAACGUGUAAGGCGUUGUUCGAAAUGUUGUUAUAAAGCCUUGAUGAUACACAACAUGUGGCCUUUUCAAAGCAGAGUUGUGUAAUUGGUAGACUAUGCGAGAAGAUGAUGUUCAGUGAAUACUUCUAAUGAAUGGAAGAAUGGCCACUUGAUGGCUUGUGCUCGGGGCGAUUCCCGGACCUGCAGGCGGCAUGUGUGUUACACCACAGCACAUUACAGAGAAAAGAACCCUACUCCAGUUGCAGUCAGUCGGCUUCAGUUUCAUUAGGCAAUGUGACAAUAAGUUGGUAAUAAACUUGUGGUGUGACCCUAGCCAGUAUAAGAACAUUAGAACGCAUCAGCCUUUGAAGCAGUCAGUUCCUCCACAUCUUUGUCUGUGCAUAAACUACAGUUUUAAGUGACAUCAGCUUCUAUCAUCACCUCAUCAGCUUCUAGCACCAUCAGCUGCUAACAUCAUGUCAUCAUCUAAUAACAUCAUGUCAUCAGCUGCUAACAUCAUGUCAUCAUCUAAUAACAUCAUGUCAUCAGCUGCUAACAUCAUGUCAUCAUCUAAUAACAUCAUGUCAUCAGCUACUAACAUCAUGUCAUCAGCUAAUAACAUCAUGUCAUCAGCUGCUAACAUCAUGUCAUCAUCUAAUAACAUCAUGUCAUCAGCUGCUAACAUCAUGUCAUCAGCUACUGUCAUUACAAUAUUAUCUAAAACACCCCACACUCGACUAUGCUAAAAUCACCAUCGCGCCGUAACACCCUGUGACACCAUGACCUUUCCUGUGACCCAUGACCCUCUCCUGUGACCCAUGACCCUCUCUUGACCCCAUGACCUUUCCUGUGACCCAUGACCCUCUCCUGUGACCCCAUGACCCUCUCCCGUGACCCCGUGACCCUCUCCUGUGACACCUUCCUUCAACCCACAUGCAAGCCCUUCCUAUGACAGCCACUCCACAACCCUCCUCCCAUAAUCCCGUAACAGUCCUUGUGACCCCCGUCAUCAUGUAUGUAUGUUGUGAAAUUACACUCUCGGAUCACUAUUUUUCUACCACUGUACUUUGUAAAUAAAAAACUUUAAAGUAA